AUAUCAGGAAAGAGGCCACAAAAAUCCCAAAGUUGCAAUCAUCUAAAGGACUGAAAUCUAGAAUGCAAAUGGCUGUAAAAAACUUCAUGGUUGCCAUUUUAGUAUGUUCUUUCACACUAGCUCAAAGUAAAGAAUGUCUUCAAAGUCAGAUUACUUUUGAAAAUAUUAAAAGAAGUGAUCUGAAAGAACAAUACGAGGAUGGGGAAAUAGUCAAACUGGCCUGCAGUACUGGCUAUAUUGGUUCUUUUAAAAUGAUUUGCAAAAAUGGCAGUUGGCAAGUUAGCACUAGACGAGAGUGCAGAAAAAGACCAUGUGGACACCCAGGAGAUGCACCAAAUGCAGACUUCAAACUUAUAGGGGACAAAGAGUUUGUGUUUGGAGCUACAGUGGAAUAUACUUGUAGGAAAGGGUACAUAAUGGCCAGCCGUGAAAACCGUCGAAACUGUCGUGCACAAGGAUGGGAUAAUUCUGUCCCUGUCUGUGAAGUGGUGAAAUGCCCCACAAUUAGAACCUCCGAAGGUAUCAUUGCAACAGGCAGCAUUGAAGAAGCAAGCUUUGAUGAUGUUAUUCACUUUGAAUGUACAUCUCCUCGCAAGAUGUUGGAUGGAGCAGAAAGCAUACACUGUACAAAGGAUGGGACGUGGAGUGUAUCUGUUCCAAACUGUAUAGACAUAAAAUGUCUCCCACCUCAAAUACUAUUUGGGACCAUUAUUGAACCACAGGAAGAGUAUCAAGAGAAUGAACUGAUAAAAUACGCAUGUGAUAAAGGAUACAAGGCCACACCUGGAACCCCUAAAUGCACUAAACAUGGCUGGAGUAUAAAGCCAGAAUGUGAAGAAGUUACCUGCGUGCUUGAGUUUGGCAUACCUGGAGUACAUAGUACAUCUCCAAGUGGAAAAAAUAUAUUUAAGCCUGAAGAAAGCUUAACACUUACUUGCAGAAAAGACCACUGGAUAUUUGGAACAAGACUAAACUCACAAAAAAUUAAAUGCAAAGACAAUGGUGAAUGGGAAAGGUCACCGAUAUGUAAUGAAAUUACCUGUAAUGUUCCCCAUAAUGAGAAUUUGGCUUUCAACUACUUUUCUGGUGAUAAAAAACUGGGGGACAGAAUGUUUUAUGAGUGUAAUUACAAUUAUCGAAAAACAGCUUCAUACGCUACAUGUACAAUCGACGGCUGGAGCCCAAAAACACUGUGUACAAAGAUGACUUGUCCUGAACCAGAGAUUGCACAUGCAGAGAUACUGAGACCUAAAGAUACUUAUACAAUAGAUGACAGAAUUACGAUACAGUGUUUUCCUGGAUAUGAACCAGUUAGUUCUUUUGUCAUCACUUGUAAAAGGCAGCAGAAAUGGGAAAAUAUGAAACGCUGUACUCUUGCAAAAGGAGCAUGUGGUAAGCUCACUUUGACCAAUGGAUUCAUACAGUAUUCCAAAGACCAUGAUGGAGCCCAACGUGCUUCCUAUUCAUGUGACACUGGUUACAAAGCAUUUGAUGAAAAGUGGUGGGGAGUAGUAACCUGCCAACAGGGGGUUUGGAGUCAUCAGCCACAGUGUAUACGAAAGAAUGAGUGUGGUUCUCUUCCCAAUGUUAAGCAUGGAAAACAAAUUCAAAUAAACGAAGCUCAUCAAGGUGGCCAACGGUUAAAAAUCGAAUGUGAUUUUGGCUACAAAUCCAGACCGUCUUCCAUCAGAUGUUUGAAUGGCCAGUGGGAGACAUCAGUCUGUGAACGGCGCAGAUGUAAUACUCCCCCUGAAGUAGAAAAUGCAGUUAUCACCUCUUACAGUACAGACCAGGAAUUGGAGCAAUUAGUGACAUUUAAAUGUAAAGAAGGUCUUGAACUGCACGGGCAUGACACAAUUUCCUGUAUUAACUCAAAAUGGGAGCAAACACCAACAUGUAAACCAUUUCAAUGCCCAAAUCCCGACCAGAAAAUAGAGAAUGGUGUUUUGAUGACAAGUGACCAUGACAACAAGGGAUAUUGGGAAGGAGACAAAGUAGAAUACAAAUGUAAUUACGGUUUUCGGUUUCCUGGAGAGAAUAUAGCUAACUGUACACAGAGAGAAUGGAGUUACCCAAAGUGUGAAACAUCACCAACCAUUAGUCUUGACCAAGACACUGAAAUUCCAUUGAAUGAGACAAACCAACAUGGUGAUAAAUUGUUGGGUCAAGAAAACAGCACAGUCGCAUGUAAUGGACAAAACCAGACAGACUCAGGCUGUGAAGAACAAACACCUGGUUGCGGACAACAUCCAUCCAUCCUAUCUGAGAACAUAAAGCAGCACUAUGAGGAGGGUGAUACUGUUAAUUAUACCUGUCCAGAACUGCACACAAAGCCUCCUAAUUCUUUGCUGACCUGCACCCAAGGACAAUGGACAGGAGAAGAAUGUUUGAAACUCCACAAUAUAACUGAAAGAAAUGAAUCAAGGUCAAUUAAUGAUAAAGUCUCAAAAAAUAACAAGAAUGUUGCUGCACAUGAAGAGCAAAUUGCACAUGAAGAGAAAAUUGUGUAAAGUGUGGUGGUGGAGGUUUACCUUUAUAAGUAUGGUGGUAAAGUAGUUUUAACAUGAUUCUGUUUGAAGAGGGUGAUUUAAUAUGAUUCUGUCUGAAUGUUUUGUUGUUGUUUUUUGUAGUGGCUGAUUCAGAAAUACUGCUCUGGUUCAGGCUUUGCAUGUAUAUUUCAACAUCAUCAGUGAAGGGAUUUAUAAAUGUGUAUUAGAACUAAUAGUAAGAUGAUGUAAAUAAGAAGUUGACCUAAAAUGAUCAUCAAGGCCAUAUUAAUCCAAUGGACUUUAGGGGCUGCAGCCCAUGGCCAUUGCCACCAGAGGGCGCCUUGAGCAAGUCUGAAAGUCAUAGUGGUAAAACAAAAUUGCAAAAGUAGCCUAACUAGGAAAGUAUGCUUGACUGAGAUUUCUCCUUCUCCUUUUACAUCCUUCUAUAUUAGUUUUCUUUUGCUUUGCAUCACUUUUAUCCAGUUGCCUAUAGCUAGCAUUAAUCUUAGCGAUUACUUAUUAGACUGAAUUAAACAGAAAAUACAAACAUGUCAAAAGCAACAGCUCAAGUUUAAAAAGCAGACACAAAUCAAAGAACUCCUGAAAAUAAAAGCAAUUGGGUCUUGGGACUUAGAACAUUUGGCUCAACCUGAGAAUGUAUGACCCUAACUGUUGUCAGUCUUUCUGUAACUUAAAAAUAUAUAAUUUUUAGUUUUGUUACAAAAGAUUUAUGUCUGUAGGUUGUAUUUUUGUGGUUUUUGUGGAUACAUUAAAUUCAAUGUGUUGGAUUAGGGAUGCUUGGACAAUAUGACUAAGGAACAGAACUGAAAAACACAAUGAUGUCAGAAUAAAUACAAAUAAUGCUGUCCUUGUCAACACCUCUGAAUUAAAUUAAAUGAACUAAAACAAUUGAU